AUGGGAUGGGGGCCCGGUGCCGGUCCGUGGCCAUACACUUUACUCACCGACGCUGAUUUGUCGGUGGAGCUCGCACAUUCGUCGGGCGCUCGGAGUAUCGGUGGCUGGGACGCCGUCUCCUUCCAGCCGUACGCGGACGCGGACUGGAGCAACCAGGACCGAUAUGUCGCUCAAGAUUGGACGAUCGGGGAAGGCGUAUGGAGAUUCUGUGGGUUAUUCGACGGCCAUGCCGGGGACGACACCGUCGAGCACACGGUUAACACGCUGCCGUCGGUGAUAGAGCGCGCGCUGCGGAAGGCGUUAGCGAGUCCCAGCUCGUCCGCGGCCGAAUCGACGGUCUCGCUCAUAUCCAACCUCCUCGUCAAGGAAAUCAAAGCGUUCGACGAACAGCUCGGAAAAGACCUCUUCGACAUCUUCCCGGAGGACAUCGACCCAUUAACUGACCUCUCCGGGGAGGAGAUCAGGGCCAUCUUGAACGAUAGUGGCGAAAGGACAUUGAAGGGGGAGCGUUGUAAGCAGGGAUCAACGGUGCUCAUCUCGAUUCUGGAUCCGAGCGGACGAAAUCUCUGGGUCGCAAGCUUAGGAGAUUGCGAUGGUGUGCUAGGAACCCAAGAUCAAUCAGGGGAGUGGGAUAUCCGAGUUCUCAGCAGCAAUCAUAAUGCAAAGAACCCCGAAGAGGCCGGACGCAUCAGGGGCGAGCAUCCCGGGGAAGCAGAAUGCGUCGUGGAUGACAGAGUGCUGGGUAUGAUGGCAGUGACCAGAGCCGUAGGAGACCUGCAAUUCAAGUUCCCCAAAUCCUGGACGGAGCGUCUGCUCAUGAACGUAGGCCCCCCGUUUCAAUUCGCAGUGGCAGAUGUCGACAGGUUCAUCGCCCGAAAUCUGUCACCGCCGUAUCUGUCGAAUGUCGCGGAGGUGCAGCACGUGUAUCUGGGGGACGUGGACGAGCGGCCGCGUAAGCGAUUCCUGAUCAUGAGCUCAGACGGGCUAUACGACCUCCGCAGUGACGAAGAGGAAGACAUGAUGGUCGGCGAGCUUGCGACAGACUGGAUGGAGGCUGUCGCCGGGGUGCCAGAGGGGGCUAACAAGGCAUUAGGCCUAUUGAGGCACGCCUUAGGAGGUGAAGACGAAGAGAAGAUCUCGAGUCAUUUGACGGUAGAGAUGAUGGAACGGUGGAUGGACGACACGACGAUUUUAGUCAGGAGUAUCUAG